CAAUCAUGAGUACUACUACUCCAUCUAUCAUAACUAUCUUUACCAUUAUAUUAUCUCUGCUACUUUCUUCUUCCUUGUCUCAAACACUAUCGUCGUCGUCAUCAUCAUCGUCAUAUAAUGAUGAAGAGCCAAAAUCUUACAUUGUUCAUGUCUCUAAACUAGACAAACCAUCCAUAUUUUCAUCCCACCUUGAUUGGUAUACCUCGGCACUUCAAUCUCUUCCUGCUCAUCUCUCGUUGUUAUCUCAUCCUCGAGAGGUUAUCAUCUAUACAUACAACCAUGUUAUCCAUGGUUUUGCAGCUCGACUCACACAUUCUCAAGCCUCUUAUCUCCGUAGUUUCCCAGGAAUACUUUCAAUACUCCCUCAACGAAUUCACCAAAUACAAACAACACAAACUCCUAGUUUUCUUGGUCUGACUGAAAAUUCUGGUCUAUGGCCUGACUCAAAAUACGGCAGUGACAUCAUUAUUGGCGUUCUUGAUACCGGGAUCUGGCCUGAAAGUCAGAGUUUCAAUGACUCGGGUUUAACCAAUCCUGUACCGAAGAAAUGGAAAGGUGUCUGUGAUACUGCACCUGAUUUUCCCAACACAUCUUGCAACAAAAAGAUAAUUGGUGCCCGAUCUUAUUACAAAGGAAUUGAAGCACAAAUUGGACAAAAGCUAAACGAGACGAGAGACCCGAAAUCACCAAGAGAUACAUUAGGUCAUGGUACACAUACAGCUUCUACUGCCGCUGGAUCUGUUGUUAAGAACGCUGGAUUCUACGAAUACGGUGUUGGUGACGCAAAAGGAAUAGCAACUAAGGCCAGAAUUGCUAUUUACAAGGUAUGCUGGAGUUAUGGAUGUAAUGGUGUAGAUGUUAUUGCGGGGAUGGAUCAAGCUGUGGCUGAUGGAGUUGAUGUGGUUUCAAUGUCCCUUGGUCCCAACGGAUUAGCAGUUUCCUAUGAUGAAGAUUCAUUUGCCAUUGCAGCAUUUGGUGCUGUAGAGAAAGGAGUACUAGUUUCUGCCUCUGCGAUGAAUUCUGGUCCUGGUCCUUCCACAGCCGUUAAUAUCGCACCCUGGUUUUUGACUGUUGGAGCAUCUACAAUCGACAGAGAAUUUCCCUGUAUUGUGAGUUUAGGAGACGGUAGGAAUUUUAGUGGUGUUUCAUUAUAUUCCGGGAAAUCACUUGAGAAAACAGAUUUAGUCUUUGCUGGUGAUAUUGGUAACCAAUUUUGCGUAGCGGGGGAGCUUAACUCAACCCAAGCCAAAGGAAAGAUUGUUCUUUGUAGUCCUGGUGAUAUCGUAUCCCAGGGAAAUGCAGUCAAAAUAGCUGGUGGUGUCGGAUUGAUUGGGGGCAUUCCGAUUGAGCACGGAGAUGGACUGACUGCCGGUUCACCUAUGAUUCCAGGAGCUACGGUGAACUUCAAUAACGGGCUUUCAAUUUAUGGCUAUAUAAAAUCACAAAAAAAACCAGUAGCGUCAAUCGUAUUUAGAGGAACUGUGACUGGAUCUUCACUUUCAGCUCCCAAAGUUGCUUCAUUUUCUAGUCGUGGUCCUAAUCAUAUAACACCAGAAAUUCUUAAACCGGAUAUUAUCGCACCAGGUGUUAAUAUCUUGGCUGCUUGGACCGGAGCUGCUGGUCCAUCAAAAUUUGAGUUCGAUGAAAGAAGGGUCAAGUUCAAUAUAAUCUCUGGUACUUCAAUGGCAUGCCCUCACGUGAGCGGAAUAGCUGCAAUGCUUCGGAAGGCUCAUCCAAAGUGGACUCCAGCGGCAAUCAAGUCUGCUCUUAUGACUACAACUUAUAAUUCAGACAAGGCAGGUAAACAAAUUACUGAUCUGGCUACUAGAAACAUUUCAAAUCCAUUCCAACAUGGUGCAGGACAUGUUGAUCCCAACAAUGCCUUAAACCCGGGUUUGGUAUACGACAUCCAGCCAAGUGAUUACGAAGCUUUCCUCUGCUCCAUUGGGUACAAUCCGAGGCAAAUUUCCCUCUUUGUCAAGGAUAGGAAGGUCGAUUGCGGGUUGAACAAAUUGGCUGCAGGUCCAGGCGAUCUGAAUUACCCUUCGUUCUCAGUUGUUUUCAAGUCAUCCAGUGGCUCCGUUAUUAAGUACAAGAGAGUGGUCACUAAUGUUGGAAGGCUGCCAGUUGCAACUUACAGAGUGAAGGUUAACAGUCCACCUUCUGUUAAAAUCAGUGUUUCACCGAGAAUACUUGUAUUCGCCUUAAGAAACCAGAAGUUGUCCUAUGAAGUCACAUUCACCAGCUUGAGGAAAAAUGAUUCUAAUACUGCUAAAAUGGAGUUUGGGGCAAUUGAAUGGAUUAGUGUUGUGCACGGUACAGUGCGGAGCCCUAUUACCGUAGUGUGGCCAGCUCCAUCUGCUAUUCCUUCUACCACUAAUUUGAUUUCUUCAUUUUGA